AUGUCUAGACCUCAAAAUGUUGGUAUUAAAGGGAUUGAAAUUUAUAUCCCAUCAGAAUAUGUUAAUCAAUCAGAUUUAGAAAAAUUCGAUGGAAUUCCUGAAGGUAAAUAUACUAUUGGUUUAGGUCAAACCAAUAUGGCUUUCGUUAAUGAUAGAGAAGAUAUUUAUUCCAUGUGUUUAACUUCAGUUUCCAAAUUAAUCAAAAAUUACAACAUUGAUACUAAAAAAAUUGGUAGAUUAGAAGUUGGUACUGAAACUUUAUUAGAUAAAUCUAAAUCAGUUAAAUCAGUAUUAAUGCAAUUAUUCGAAGGUAAUAAUGAUAUUGAAGGUAUUGAUACUGUCAAUGCUUGUUAUGGAGGUACUUCAGCUGUUAUUAAUGCUGUUAAUUGGAUUGAAUCCUCAUCAUGGGAUGGUAGAGAUGCUAUUGUUGCCAGUGGUGAUAUUGCCAUUUAUUCCAAAGGUGCUGCUAGACCAACUGGUGGUGCUGGUUCAGUUGCUUUAUUAAUUGGACCUGAUGCUCCAAUUGUAUUUGACUCAACCAGAGGUUCAUUCAUGGAACAUGCUUAUGAUUUCUAUAAACCAGAUUUUACUAGUGAAUAUCCUGUUGUUGAUGGUCAUUUCUCAUUAUCUUGUUAUGUUAAAGCUUUAGAUAACUGUUACAAAAACUAUUCUAAAAAAAUCACCAAAGAUGAUAAAACCGUUGGAUUAUCUCAUUUUGAUUAUAAUGCAUUCCAUGUUCCAACUUGUAAAUUAGUUACUAAAUCUUAUGCCAGAUUAUUAUAUAAUGAUUAUUUAUCUAACCCAGAAUCAUUUGAAAUUGAUGAAGAAACCAAAAAAUCCAUUGAUUCAUUAACUUAUGAACAAUCUUUAGUUGAUAGAAACUUAGAAAAAGUUUUCCUUGGUUUAACUAAAGAAUCAAAAAAGACUAAAUUAGAUCCUUCUUUAAAAGUCGCUACUAACACUGGUAAUAUGUAUACUGCUUCAUGUUGGUCAUCAUUAUCAUCAUUAUUAUAUUUCGUUGGUUCUGAUGCUUUACAAAACAAAAGAUUAGGUAUUUUCUCAUAUGGUUCAGGUUUAGCUUCAACUUUAUUAUCAGUUGUUGUUAAAGGAGAUAUUUCUCAUAUUACUAAAAACUUAGAUAUUGAAAACAAAUUAGGUGAAGGUAGAACUAAAAGAACUCCUGAACAAUAUGUUGAAGCUAUUGAAUUAAGAGAAAAAAUUCAUUUACAAAAGAGUACCAAACCAACUGGUUCAAUUGAAACUUUAGCCAAAGGUACCUAUUACUUAACUGAAAUUGAUGAUAAAUUCAAAAGAUAUUAUGAAAUUGCUUAG